AUGGGUAUGGGCCACAUCAUAGGAACAGAGUUUGUACAUCAGAAGGAAGUGGCAGCGUGGACCUAUAACUACAGCACACGGGCAUACACGUGGAAUUUCUCACGGGCAUUCUGCCAGAAGUACUUCACAGACUUAGUGGCCAUCCAGAAUAAGAAUGAAAUCGCUCACCUCAAUGACGUCAUCCCAUACUUCAGCUCUUACUACUGGAUUGGAAUCCGAAAGAUCAAUAAUAAGUGGACCUGGGUGGGGACCAAUAAGACUCUCACAGAGGAGGCCGAGAACUGGGCGGAGAAUGAACCCAACAACAAGAGGAACAACCAGGACUGCGUGGAGAUCUACAUCAAGAGUAACUCGGCCCCUGGCAAGUGGAAUGAUGAGCCCUGCUCCAAACGCAAGCGGGCCCUGUGCUACACAGCUUCCUGCCAGGACAUGUCCUGCAACAAGCAAGGGGAGUGCAUUGAGACCAUCGGGAACUACACCUGCUCCUGCUACCCCGGGUUCUAUGGGCCAGAGUGUGAAUACGUCAAAGAGUGUGAAAAGUUUGACCUUCCUCCACACGUGCUCAUGAACUGCAGCCACCCUCUAGGGGUCUUCUCUUUCAGCUCACACUGUACUUUCCACUGUGUGGAAGGGUAUGAAUUGAGUGGACCCAGCAAGUUGGAGUGUUUGGCUUCUGGAAUCUGGACAAAUAAACCCCCACAGUGUAAAGCUGUGCAGUGCCAGAGCCUGGAGGCCCCUAUCCAUGGAACCAUGGACUGUAUGCACCCAAUCGCUGCCUUUGCCUAUGGCUCCCGCUGUAAGUUUGAGUGCCAUCCUGGAUAUCAAGUGAGGGGCUCAGACAUACUCCAUUGCACUGAUGCUGGCCAGUGGACUGGACCAUUGCCAACCUGUGAAGCCAUUGCGUGUGACCCUCUGGAGAGCCCCGUCCACGGAAGCAUGGAUUGCUCCCCAUCGGCAGGAGCGUUUGAGUACAACAGCAGCUGUACAUUCAGUUGCGCAGAGGGCUUCAUGCUGAAGGGGAACGAUGCCAUUCGGUGUGCCGACUCAGGACAGUGGACAGCCCCAGCUCCAGUCUGUGAAGCAUUGCAGUGUCGGGAUUUUCCAGUGCCGAGAAAAGCUCAGAUGACCUGCUCAGACCCCUUUGGUGCCCUGAAGUACCAGUCAGUCUGCAGCUUUUCCUGUGAUGAAGGCUCACUCUUGGUGGGAGCAAGUGCCAUAAGAUGCUUGGCUACCGGAGACUGGAGUGGGGCUCCUCCGGAAUGCCAAGCUGUCACAUGCACACCUUUGCUCGGCCCUCAGAAUGGAACCAUGACCUGUAUCCAGCCUCUUGGAGGUUCCACUUACAAAUCCACAUGCCAGUUCACCUGUGAUGAAGGAUUUUAUCUAUCUGGACCAGAAAGAUUGGAUUGUUCUCCAUCUGGACACUGGACAGGCACACCACCCACGUGUGAAGCCAUCAAGUGCCCAAGGAUCUUUGCCCCAGAUCAAGGCAGCCUGGAUUGUUCUCAGGAUCAGGAAGAAUUCAGUGUUGGCUCCACAUGUCGCUUCUCCUGCAACAAGGAAUUUGAGCUAGUCGGAUCCAAAACUGUGGAAUGCAUGGCUUCUGGAAGAUGGUCAGCACCUCCACCAACCUGCAAAGGGGUAACAUCACUUCCUAAGGCAGAGGUGCGCUGUCCCGCUCUCACUACUCCUGGGCAGGGGACAAUGUUCUGCAGACACCACCUGGGAAGCUUUGGUCCAAACACCACUUGUCACUUUGGGUGCAAAACUGGGUUUACACUCAGAGGCACCAAUUCGCUCAGAUGCAGGACUUCAGGACAAUGGACAGCAGUGACUCCAGCGUGCAGAGCCAUAAAAUGCUCAGAACUGCACAUGGACACACCAGGAUCAAUGAACUGUUCCAAUCCCUGGGGAAACUUUAGCUAUGGAUCAGCCUGCACCUUCCACUGUCCAGAGGGACAGUUACUGAAUGGCUCUGCAAGGGCAACAUGCCAGGAGAAUGGCCGCUGGUCGGCUACCUUGCCAACAUGCCAAGCAGGACCACUGACCAUCCAGGAAGCGCUGACUUACUUGGGUGGGGCAGUGGCGUCUACAACAGGUCUGGCAGUGGGUGGGACACUCCUGGCUCUGCUCAGAAAGCGUCUCAGAAAGAAAGAUGAUGGGAAAUGCCCCCUGAACCCUCACAGCCACCUAGGAACAUAUGGAGUCUUCACUAAUGCUGCGUUUGACCCAACCCCUUGAGAGAUCUGGUCUCCUGUCUCCUCCUUGAGUCUCUCAGGAUUCUGCGUGCAGAUGUCAAGUUUCCAGACUUUAGCUCCAUUUCAUUUGCUGUGGUUUUCUUUAAAUAAUUGGACAGGAAUGGAGCAAAAGGACUGUGUACAUUCCCACCUCUUCACCCACCCCUUCCUGCUCUGCCUCUCACCUUCCUCUAGCACAGCCACAGAAAUAGGAGCAAAUGUUUCUGCUGUGGUCUGUGGCUUUGACCUUACUUUUACUGAAAACGGGAAGUUAGUCCAAAGCAUUGGGGCAUCUGACUCACCAGGAGACCAGACUCUGAAGAGCUGAAAAUCUACUUUCUCUUCGAUUUGAAGAGUGGCACUCCAAGAUGCUGGAGGACAGGAAAACCUCCAGCUUAAGGGAGAGCCUGCCGUAAAGAUCUCCUGGGCCUUCAGUGUUUCCUAUCUAUGAGGUUGUUUAUACCUCUGCUGCUGACACUUUUGCAGAAACUUCCAGAUGGUACCAGAGGUCAUGGAAGACCAAGAACAGAGCCAGGAUUCCACAUCCUAUUGCAGACCUUCCCUCUGCCGAAGCACCCAAAGGACAUUGUUUGAAUAUGUAAUUGGACUCCCCAAAUGCUAUGCUCUUCAUGUUUUGUUCAGUAAGGUCUAUGUAUCUCAUAUUGUCUGCCAACAAUGUGGUCACAGUUACAGUCAUCCAAAUGACAGCUAGACCUUCCAAUGAGCCAGCAAAUAUAUGUCCUAUGUCCCCUGUCCACAGAGAAAAAGCCAGAGGAACA